AGGAUUCGUAGGGCCGGAGGAGGAAUCGUAGCAGCACCAGCCAGAGGCAUUGCUGUGGAUGGUGGAGUGAGGGAGUUUCUCAGCCCAGGCAGCUCUGCUUGCGGACUCGGGAAUUACAGCUGUUAUUACGGAGCGCUUGGCGUGGCUUCAAGGAGUGUGCCAAGGGAGAAUCGCAGAAACAACUCUCAGUCUUUCCUUUCAGGCAGUCCUGGGCUCUUUUUUCUUCUGCAUCCUGCUCAUUGCCAUGGAGCCAAACAGCCCUAAAAAAAUACAAUUUGCUGUCCCCUUAUUUCAAAGUCAAAUAGACCCUGAAGCAGCUGAGCAGAUCAGGAAACGAAGGCCCACGCCAGCAUCAUUAGUAAUUAUGACGGAUUCGCCUCCUGAAAUAGAUGAGAAGAGAAUGAACAACAACUCCCAAGAUGAAUCACAGAAUGCCUCCCCCAAACAGAGGAAGCAGAGUGUCUAUACUCCCCCUGCCAUGAAAGGGGUUAAGCAUCUAAAAAACCAGAAUGACUCUGCGUUCCCAGAGGAAGAUGAAGGCGUCAAUGAAAGAGAUGAGGAGUGGAGCCCAUAACUGGUACCAAACAUCUGUGGGAGAUCCUUUAUUGUCCAUAACUGAACUGCUAAAUUUUCUCUACUUACAAUGGAACUCUAUUGCUUAUGUUCCUGACCCAAAGCAGUCUUCAGGUCAGUACUCAAGAGAAGGAAGAUUUCACGGUGGAAUUUACAGCAUCUUGCAAAACCUUAUCACUGAAGAUAACCAUUUCUUUUAUAGCCAUUUUUCCUUUCCUUUCUUUUUUUUAACGACUUCAAAUAUGUAGUUUGCAAACAUGUUGAGUCCUCUAUCUUUAUUUCUGCCACAGCUUAAAUUCUGAAUGUGAGCUGCCGUCUAAGAUCAGUUGUAAAUAAUACAGAUUUAAAUGCUACAAAAUAAAGACAACAUACAUUUAGGAGAAAAAAAAUUGUGUUCUGUACAGUCUUUGCAGCUGGUGAGAAAUCCACAUCAACACUGAUAUUCUACACAAGUUGUGGCCCGCUGGCAAUAGGUGCACACCAUCCGCCAUUAUUGCACAACUGCCCAUAGAUGUGUCACCUGCAUGGCAAAGCUGUGAUAGGGUCAUAAAGCUGACAGGGAAGGAUGUUUUCCAUCCAAAUGUAUCCUUAGAUUUGAAGGAUGCUUAAAAAAAAUUUUUAGGAUGCCCAGAGUUUCUCUGCAUCUAACAUUGUAGAUUGCAACUUAUAUUGUUUCCUGAACUUAUCAAGGUGUUGGUUUAAUGCUGCUUUCCCUGGUUUGGUGCUCUC